AUGUCGAACAAUCUGAUGAUAUUGGUCUUUGUUAUUGGUGUAUGCAUUAACCCAGAAAACACGUUUCUUAGUGAAGCUGUAACUACCAUAGAACCAACAACAGACAUUACUACUGAAGCUUUAACUACCAUGGACCCAACAACAGACUUCAUUACUGAAGCUUUAACUACCAUGGAUCCAACAACAGACUUCACUACUAAAGCUGAAACUACCAGAGAACCAACAACAGACUUCACUACUGAAGCUUUAACUACCAUGGACUCAACAACAGACUUCACUACUAAAGCUGAAACUACAAUGGAACCAACAACAGACUUCACUACUGAAGCUUUAACUACCAUGGACUCAACAACAGACUUCACCACUGAAGCUUUAACUACCAUGGACCCAACAACGGACCUCACUUCUGAAGCUGAAACUACCAGAAAACCAACAACAGACUUCACUACUGAAGCUGUAACUACCAUGGAACCAACAACAGACUUCACUACUGAAGCUUUAACUACCAUGGACUCAACAACAGACUUCACUACUAAAGCUGAAACUACAAUGGAACCAACAACAGACUUCACUACUGAAGCUUUAACUACCAUGAACUCAACAACAGACUUCACUACUAAAGCUGAAACUACAAUGGAACCAACAACAGACUUCACUACUGAAGCUUUAACUACCAUGGACUCAACAACAGACUUCACUACUGAAGCUUUAACUACCAUGGACUCAACAACAGACUUCACUACUAAAGCUGAAACUACAAUGGAACCAACAACAGACUUCACUACUGAAGCUUUAACUACCAUGGAUCCAACAACAGACUUCCCCACUGAAGCUUUAACUACUAUGGACCCAACAACAGACCUCACUACUAAAGCUGUAACCACCAUGGAACCAACAACAGACUUCACUACUGAAGCUGUAACUACCAUGGAACCAACAACAGACUUCACUACUGAAGCUUUAACUACUAUGGACCCAACAACAGACCUCACUACUAAAGCUGUAACCACCAUGGAACCAACAACAGACUUCACUACUGAAGCUUUAACUACCAUAGAUCCAACAACAGACCUCACUAUUGAAGCUGUAACCACCAUGGAACCAACAACAUACUUCACUACUGAAGCUUUAACUACCAUGGACCCAACAACAGACUUCACUACUGAAGCUGAAACUACAAUGGAACCAACAACAGACUUCACUACUGAAGCUUUAACUACCAUGGACCCAACAACAGACUUCACUACUGAAGCUUUAACUACCAUGGACCCAACAACAGACUUCACUACUGAAGCUUUAACUACCACGGACCCAACAACAGACUUCACCACUGAAGCUAAAACUACCAUGGACCCAACAACAGACUUCACUACUGAAGCUUUAAAUACCAUGGACCCAACAACAGACCUCACUACUAAAGCUGAAACUACUAUGGACCCAACAACAGACCUCACUACUGAAUCUAUAACUACCAUGGAACCAACAACAGACUUCACUACUGAAGCUUUAACUACCAUGGACCCAACAACAGACUUCACUACUGAAGCUUUAUCUACCACAGACCCAACAACAAACUUCACUACUGAAGCUAAAACUACCAUGGAACCAACAACAGACAUUACUACUGAAGCUUUAACUACCAUGGACCCAACAGCAGACUUCAUUACUGAAGCUUUAACUACCAUGGACCCAACAACAGACCUCACUACUGAAGCUGAAACUACCAGAGAACCAACAACAGACUUCACUACUGAAGUUGUAACUACCAUGAACCCAACAAUAGACGUUACUACUGAAGCUUUAACUACCAUGGACCCAACAACAGACUUCCCCACAGACCUCACUAUUAAAGCUGUAACCACCAUGGAACCAACAACAGACUUCACUACUGAAGCUUUAACUACCAUGGACCCAACAACAGACUUCCCCACUGAAGCUUUAACUACCAUGGAUCCAACAACAGACCUCACUAUUGAAGCUGUAACCACCAUGAACCCAACAACAGACUUCACUACUGAAGCUUUAACUACCAUGGAUCCAACAACAGACUUCACUACUGAAGCUUUAACUACCACGGACCCAACAACAGACUUUACAACUGAUGCUAAAACUACCAUGGAACCAUCAACAGACGUUACUACUGAAGCUUUAACUACCAUGGACCCAACAACAGACUUCACUACUGAAGCUUUAAAUACAAUGGACCCAACAACAUACCUCACUACUGAAGCUGAAACUACCAUGGACCAAACAACAGACGUCACUACUGAAGCUGUAACUACCAUGGAACCAACAACAGACUUCACUACUGAAGCUUUAACCACCAUGGACCCAACAACAGACUUCACUACUGAAGCUUUAAAUACAAUGGACCCAACAACAUACCUCACUACUGAAGCUUUAACUACCAUGGAACUAACAACAGAAGUCACUACUGAAGCUUUAACUACCAUGGAACCAACAACAGACCUCACUUCUGAAGCUUUAACUACCAUGGACCCAACAACGGACCUCACUACUGAAGCUGAAACUACCAUGGUCCCAACCAUAGACGUCACUACUAAAGCUGAAACUACCAUGAAACCAACAACAGAAGUCACUACUGAAGCUUUAACUACCAUGGACUCAACAACAGACUUCACUACUGAAGCUUUAACUACCAUGGAACCAACAACAGACCUCACUACUGAACUUUAA